AUGGAGUUUUGCAUAGGCGCCGAGGUUGAUGGUUUGGCCAUGACCAGCGACCACCGUGCCGUGCCGCUCGAUGAUGGCCGAACCCGAAGACCUCAGGAGAGUUUGUUCAGUUGGCUUCUCGUCCUCCAAUUCCACCUCCAAUGGGGUUGGAUCCCCUCUGUUGAUACCCCCUUCGUACAACCUCCCCCGGUCGAGAUCGUCGUAGCGAGUCUCAAGAACGAGGACACUUCAUGGGUCCAUCGCUACCUGCCGGGCUGGUCGCGCCGCAUCUAUAUCGUAGACGACCCCUCGGCCCCCAUCACGGUUCCCCGCAACAAAGGCCGCGAGGCCAUGGUUUAUCUGAGCCACAUCGUCGACAGCUACGAGGCCAUCGCCCAGACAACCAUAUUUGUGCACGCCUCCCGCUUCGCCUGGCACAACGACGACCCGGAUUACGACGGUCUGGCAACUCUCCGCAACCUUCAGCUGGACUAUGUCCAAGCCUCAGGCUACGUCAACUUGCGCUGUGUCUGGAUCCUCGGUUGUCCUGCUGAGAUCAGACCGCACAGUGACGUAGCCACUGACUGGGAGCUCGGCAAUGGCACUUCCAGCUCUGGCCGUCCGCUCACAACAAAGGAGAUCUACAAGCCUGCGUUCGAGGAACUCAUGCCCGGUGUAGAAGUACCUCAGCAGAUCGGCGUCAGUUGCUGCUCGCAAUUUGCGGUGUCACGCGAGGCCAUCCACAGCCGGCCGAGGGAGGACUAUAUCCGCUGGCGGAAGUGGCUGCUAGAGACGCCGCUUACGGACGACUUGAGCGGGAGAGUCUUCGAAUAUUUGUGGCACAUAAUCUUCGGCAAAGAAGCUGUGUUCUGCCCCUCAGCAGCCGAGUGCUACUGCAAGCUAUACGGGCUGUGCGAUUUGAGAUGCGACGAAAAUCAAUGCGAUGGCCGAUAUGUCUUGCCGAAGUAUUCCACGAUGCCCCAGGGUUGGCCGAGAGUUGGCUGGUCAGGAGAGGAGAGACAGUUCGCUGGUCCGUUGUGA